CACACAGCCCACUAAAACAACAAAAACCAAAGACAAAAACUAAAAAAACAAAACUAAAAAACAAAAACAAAAACAAAAAAGCACAAUCGAAAACUCAACCGAGAGGACUUUUCCUGCCGAGUGAAUACCCACAACACACCACCACCAAAAAAAAACCAACUCCUCUCCCACUCACUCAGCUUUGAGUCCCACUUAGAAAAAAAAACCAAAAAACCAAAAACCAACCAAAAAAAAAACCAACCUCCCUCAGUACAACUCCCCCCUCCCUUCUCCUCUCUCUCUCUCUUUCUCUAACUCGCUCCGAACGAACUAACCAACACCAACACUCCCUCCCCCCCAGCACAACCCACUGACUACCUCCCUCUCCCUCUCCCACUCUACCAAUCACCUCAACUCAACCAACUAACAACCAAACAAACUCCAACAAGCCCUUAUCUUAAUACACCCAUGGCUGAUCAAGGCGGUCAAGAUAUCGAUCUAGACUCAGUUAUCGAUCGACUCCUCGAAGUCAGGGGAAAUCGACCGGGUAAACAAGUCCAACUACAAGAAUACGAAAUCAAGUUUCUAUGUACUCGGGCCAGAGAGAUCUUCAUCAAUCAACCUAUCUUACUUGAACUAGAAGCACCCAUCAAGAUCUGUGGUGAUAUCCAUGGCCAGUAUUACGAUCUGUUGAGGUUAUUCGAGUAUGGUGGAUUCCCACCUGAAGCCAACUAUCUGUUCUUGGGAGACUACGUCGAUCGUGGAAAACAGUCGCUAGAAACUAUCUGCUUGUUACUGGCCUACAAGAUCAAGUAUCCCGAAAACUUUUUCAUCCUAAGAGGCAACCACGAGUGCGCUAGUAUCAAUCGGAUAUAUGGCUUCUAUGAUGAAUGCAAACGGCGUUAUAACAUCAAGCUCUGGAAAACGUUCACCGAUUGCUUUAAUUGUCUUCCGAUCGCCGCUAUCAUCGAUGAGAAGAUCUUCACCAUGCACGGUGGUCUGAGUCCCGACUUACAAAGCAUGGAACAGAUUCGUCGCGUCAUGAGGCCGACCGACGUACCCGAUACGGGUCUACUCUGUGAUCUACUAUGGUCAGAUCCUGACAAGGAUAUCACCGGUUGGUCUGAAAACGAUCGAGGGGUUUCCUUCACCUUCGGCCCGGAUGUGGUCACCCGGUUUUUACAGAAACAUGACAUGGAUCUGAUCUGUCGAGCCCAUCAAGUGGUCGAAGAUGGUUACGAGUUCUUCGCCAAACGUCAGUUGGUCACCCUCUUCUCGGCACCUAAUUAUUGCGGUGAAUUCGAUAACGCCGGGGCAAUGAUGAGCGUCGAUGAGACGUUGUUGUGUAGUUUCCAAAUUCUCAAACCGGCAGAGAAAAAACAAAAGUUUAUGUAUGGGGGAAUGAAUACUGGACGACCGGUGACACCACCCCGAAAGCAAAAGAAAAAAGAUGGCAAACCGGCAUGAACGACUCUUCAUAUCCAUCUCCACUUUAACGGUCCCCUUCCCUUCCCACUCUUCCGCUUCCUCUCCUUCCUUAUCGUAUUCAUCUGGUGUUACAUCUUUUUCUUCUUUGAUUCUUUUACUUCACUUUUCUUUUUUUUGAUUUUUUUUUUCUUUGUGGUGUGUGUGCGUGUGUGUGUGUGUGCUCCCCCUCCCAUCCCUCCCUCUCCUCGUGUGUGUGUGUGUGUCUAUCCUAUAAGUGUGUAGGAAAUGGAUUCAAAACCAAAAACCAAAAUUGAAAGACAGAAGAUUGAAGAUUGAAGAAGAAGAAAACAAAGUCAAUAGUUCUAUUCCUCAUCCUUCAUCAUCUUUCCUUUAUAAUCAUAUUAUAUACAUAUAUAUAUAUUUUUUCCCCCUUUCUUUUUUCCAAGAAAAAGAAACCAUAACAAAAACAACAAGAAGAUGAUCAACCUAAAACCACACGUACACACUGAAUCAUCACCUUGAUAUAACCAUAACAGUAUAGGCUAGUCACAGUGAUAGUUCUAGUAACAAUAUCAUGAUCAUCAUCAUCAUCAGGACAAGGAGGAGGAG